AUGGGGAGUGGAGACAAACACCACCACCAUCAUCAUCACUUGAAAUUUCAUGUUCAAUUGCAUCUUCCAAGUUUUCAUCAUCAUCAUGGGCAUGAGAAUAGUAUUGAGGAAUUGAGGGACAUACCAAAAGGGUGCGUGGCGGUGAUGGUUGGUCAAGGAGAGGAGCAACAGAGGUUUGUGAUACCAGUUAUGCAUAUCAACCAUCCCCUAUUCGUACAGUUGCUCAAAGGUGCGGAGGAUGAAGUCGAAUUCCAUCACGAUGGUCCUAUCAAUGUUCCUUGUCAUGUCGAGGAGUUUCGCCAUGUCGAGGGUAUCAUACAACAUGAUAAUAAUCACCACUUGUGGUGCUUCAAGGCCUAA